AUAAUUAAAGCAGCAGAGAAAAAUCAAUAAAACACGAUGGCGACCAGAUUGUUCAACGAAUUGUAAUUUACGGUCUUUCUUAUAGUGUAAAAAUCAGUUUACAGCAAGUAAUACUAAAUUUGUGUUUGUAAAAGAUAAAAUGUUUUAUAGUCGUCUGGUGUUACUCUAUGAUAUUUUAUAAAAAUUUAUCUCCUUUGGUUUUUAAAUUUUUGGUAAAUAAAUGAGAAACAAGCGAUAAAGAAUGAGAGAGAAAUUUGUGUAAAUUAAAUGAAUUCAUCGUCAAUUGAAUAAAAUUAAAGGAAAAUCGAUUUCUGUUCAUGAAAAAUCAGCAAAUUGUGCCCUGUUUUUGAUUUUCUAACAGACACUGGAACGAACUCAUAAUUCUCAUGGAUACAUGUGUAUAAGCACAUGGGUGUUUUACACAACGUGCUCUAAAAGUUGUACUUUUAGAAUCGACCACAAAUUAACAACAAAUUAUUUAUAUCCAUUUGUCCAUUACGAAUUAAUCAAUGAGUAGUCAUUGAUUAUAGUAUAUAAUACGCAUUGGAAAAACAACGCGUUGAACCGAUCGGUAUCGCUUGUAUUAUAAAAAAUAUUUUAAAAAGACGUCGCUCGCAUGCUAUAUGUAUAGUUCAGAAAUUUAUACCGAAAAUAAACCGGAAAACAAAAUCUCAGGAAUAUCAUCAUUAUGCACUAUUUACCUAUUUCUUUUGGAAACAUGUUGCCUGAAAAAUCAAUGUGGGCUUAUCUAAAUCACUUCGUUAUGAGCAACAUCUCAUAUUUGUUUGAUGAAAUCGAUGGAUAUUUGUAUUAUUUGGGUGGCACUGUCGGUGCCAUAACCAUAGCUGGUAUAGCAGCUGCAUCAGCGUAUUAUUUUAUGACACGUCCAAUACCAGAAAAACCGCUAGUGCCUCUGGAAAAUCAAUCACCCAUACUAGAAGGUCCAGAUCAAAUUCAUGUGUCUAAGUUCUACAAAGAGUCGAAAAACGGUAAAUUUGUCAGCUACAUCGCGGAAAGUGUGCGCACUUUAUAUCAGACAUUUCGCGAAGGUGCAUAUACUUCCAAUAAUGGACCUUGUUUGGGAUGGCGCGAAACUUUAACGUCGCCUUACCAGUGGAUCAAUUACGAUGAGGCGCUCUUGAGGGCUAAAAAUUUUGGUUCGGGUAUGAUCGCUUUGGGUGCUCGCCCUAGGGACUUGAUCGGCAUAUAUUCACAAAAUCGUCCUGAAUGGAUUCUUUAUGAGCAAGGUUGUUACUGUUUUUCGCUGGUAGUGGUACCACUCUAUGACACCUUAGGACCAGAUGCCUGUGCUUUUAUAAUAAGACAAACAGAAAUGAUGAUGGUUAUCGUUGAGGAUGAUAGUAAAGCAGCUCUGCUAUUGGAGAAAGCCCCGCGAUCAUUAAAAAUACUUAUAACGAUUAAACCUGUUAGACCUAUGACCUUAGAGAAUGCUCGCAGUCAAGGUAUACAAAUUGUCUCCUUUAUCGAUGUGGAAAAAUUGGGAGCCAAAACUAAUAAUGCGGAAAUUCCACCCACCGUCGACGACUUAUGUACAGUAUGCUACACUUCAGGCACAACCGGUAAUCCGAAAGGUGUGAUGUUAACUCAUGGAAACGUUGUGGCCGGCGUAUGUGCGGUGAUUCUGCAGUUAGGUGAUCAUCGUAUACGAUGUGGUGAUAUUAUGAUGUCGUUCCUACCGUUAGCGCAUAUGUUUGAGCGUUGUUGUGAAAACGGUAUAUAUUAUGUGGGCGGUGCCGUAGGUUUCUAUUCGGGCGAUAUCAAAGAAUUGACGAACGAUCUAAAAAUGCUUAAGCCCACAGUAAUGCCAGCCGUUCCACGUCUCUUAAAUCGCGUAUACGAUAAAAUACAAAAUGACAUCGCUGUUUCAACCCUUAAACGUACAAUAUUUAAUAUGGCGCUAAAAGCUAAAGAGAAAGAAAUCUCCAAGGGUAUCUUGAGACGUAAUGGUUGCUGGGAUAAAUUGGCAUUCACGAAAGUACAUCAAGCUUUUGGUGGCAAUUUGCGAUUGAUGGUCGUAGCCUCAGCUCCUUUAGCUGGUAAUGUGCUAACAUUUAUGCGUUGUGCCCUGGGCUGCUUAGUGGUCGAGGGUUACGGCCAAACUGAAUGCACUGGUGCUAUAACACUGACUGUUCAAGGUGAUUUUGUACCUAAUCAUGUGGGCCCUCCAGUCUCCUGCAAUGCCAUUAAGUUAGUAGAUGUGCCUGAAAUGGAAUAUUAUGCCAAUCAGAACACCGGCGAAGUGUGUGUAAGAGGCUCUAAUGUGUUCCAUGGUUAUUAUAAAGAUCCUGAAAAAACUGCCGAAGCUAUCGAUCCAGAAGGCUGGCAUCAUACUGGUGACAUAGGAAUGUGGCUACCUAAUGGCACGCUGCGUAUAAUUGAUCGUCGAAAGCAUAUCUUCAAACUCAGCCAGGGUGAAUACAUAGUGCCUGAGAAAAUUGAAAAUAUUUACACCCUCAGUCAAUAUGUCAAUCAGGUAUUCGUUUACGGAGAAAGUCUUAAGAGUUGCAUUGUGGCCGUAGUAGUGCCGGACGUUGAUGUGUUAAAACAAUGGGCUUUCGAAAAUAACGUACGUGGCACUUUAUCAGUACUAUGCAAUAAUAGGCAAGUGAAGGAACUGAUAAUUAACGAUAUGCUAAAGUGGGGCAAGCAGAGCGGCUUAAAAUCAUUUGAACAGGUUAAAGACAUUUAUUUACAUCCCGAUCCGUUUUCGGUACAAAAUGGCUUACUAACGCCCACAUUCAAAACUAAACGGCCUCAAUUAAAAAAUUACUUUAAACCGCAGUUGGAAGAUAUGUAUAAGAGUCUAGAUUAAAACUGGUCAACACCUUUUCGUUUUUUAUGUUUCCUACUUGCUAAUGAAGCCUGUUUCAGUUAUUGCGACUCGGAGGCCGAAUUCAAUUAUUUGUUACAAAUCAUGCUAACGCUUAAAAUUAUUGUGGAUGAUCGAAUUUGGAAGGAUAAUACCAAAUUUAUUAUUGAUAAAAUCAAAAGUAAACAGUGAUCGCUUAUAAGAACA